GAAAUAUGGAUGGUUUUGUACGCUGUUAUUUGGAUUGUUAUUUAAAAAAUAUACCAAGAAAUAGUUUGCAUGACAGGAGGAGACGUCAAGAUGUCGUUGAUUAUAUCAGUGUUUUAAUACAAGGUCUAUCGGAAGUGGAAAUAGAUGAAGAUGGGAGUGCAGUAGAAGCAAUAAAAACAAUUAUCAAAUAUCACGACGAGCAGAAAGAUAACAACGGAAAAGUUUGUAUUAUGGGAAAAUAUCAUAAUAUAUUAUAUGUGGCUAUCAAACUGUGUUAUGUGUGGCAAAUUAAAGAUGCUGAAACGAUUGGUUUAUUAUUAAAAGAAAUUUAUAAAUGUGAAACAACGUUUGAAAGAAUUCUAAUCGGAGCUAUAUUUGGAAAUAAAGCGCCUCAUUAUAUAGCCGGUUGGAAAAGCGAUUUUGAUAGUGAAGAGGAAAAUCUGAGAGCCGUUGUUUAUUUCCUAGAUAAAGCGAAUAAAUCCAAACUUGAAUUCAAUUUGAACAGUGGUAAUCAAAUGACAACGUUUAGGUUUAUCGAUUUACCUAUAUUGAGUUGUGGUAAAGCGUCUGCAUUGAAGGUUUGUGUACAAUUGGGCUUACCAGAUAAACUAUUGAUUUUUCUACGAUUUGGAGCCCAAGUUUAUACACAAAAUGAAGAUAUAACAGUUUUAGAACACGUUAUGAAUCGUUUGUUGGAAUUUAAUCACGUCUAUCCUUACAACUUAGUAUCUUGUUUGCAACUUCUCUUACGAGCCAUAGAUUGUAUCAGGAUUGAUAAUGAUCAUUACAGUGAUAAAAUAUUGCUUGUAGGAAUAUAUGAAAGAUAUGCAGAUUUGAUCGAAGACGGUAUUUUACCACCUCAAAGGUGCAGUCUUAUUCCGCCCGAGCUAAAGCAUCUUUGUAGGUGCGUAGUAAGAGACAUACUUUGGAAGAACUACCAACUUCCUGAUGGAAUAAGAAUGUUAAAUCUACCAAAAAAAUUGUGGAGAUAUUUGGAUUUACUUGAGGAUUGAUUAAAUGGAAUCAAAACGAAAAAAUAGUUUUUAUUGUUAUCUUAAGUAAAAAGGAAUCGAAAACUUAGAUCAAAAUUACAAUUUUAGUGCAACUAUCUCUAAUAAAAGUUUUUAUAUACACGUUUAAAUAAAUAAAAAACUAACAGAAUAAUUGUCAAAAAA